GAAUAGAUUCAAUAUUGUGGAUAAACAACAUAAAAUGAAGUGUUUACAAGCAUUACAUUACACUUUAUUGUUAAUGAUAAUCCAAACUGAAACAAUACAUCGGUGCAAUUUUAGAAACCUUGUAAUUUUCUGAUGUCGAAAUAUGUUGAAAAUGCAUUAUGUCUGUUGUAGAGUGAGUAAAUAGUAACGCAGAUUGUUGCAUAGCUACAUGUAUGCCUGAAUAAUAAUUCACAAUGUGCAUCAUAUAUGAUGAAACUAAUUAGAAUGGCUGAAAACUUUGGAUCCACCAAUAUUUGUAUCAACCUUGUCUCAGUAUACAAAAAAAAGCUUUUGGAACAUAUACAGGAACAUGAUGUUGGAUGUGAAACUGUGAAAAACAUCCGUAUUCUAUUGAUUGGACCAAUCAGGUCGGGAAAAUCUUCUUUUCUGAAUACAGUAGCAUCAAUUGAUAAAGGAAGACCUAUUAUGGUAACUGUUGUCGGUCCAAGAGUAGUUGCCAGAGGAGAAAGAACAAGUUGUUCUAAAAAGCUGAAGGUAUUUAGACCUCGGAUGCGAUUGAAGAACUUCCAGUUAUUGGAAACAAUGGGUCUUGAUGAGUGUGGUUUAAAAAUAAAGGAUUGUUUACUCGUUGUCAAUAGAAAUGUUCGACCUAAUUAUCUGUUCGAUCCUGUCAACACAAGAAAGCACAUGGUUCACUGUAUAGUAUUUGUAAUGGAUGCUAAUAUGGUUGGACAAGACAACAUUUCACUGGAGACAAUAAAGAAAGUGAAAGACCUGCAAGAUGAACUAAAGAAUAUAGGCCAUCCUUCAAGCUGUUUCGGCGAUACAUCCAAACUGCAUAGGAAAAAAUUAUUUUGAUGAAUGCGGUGAGAAUAAGUGGUGUCUUUGCCCUAGCUUUUUCGCAGUCACAGUGCUUAAUGACAACCCACUGAAAGCAUGUGACAAAGGUCAGAUGGUUUGCAGAUUCUGGCCAUGCUAGUACAAUUAUGAUUUCGCCGUCCCUCAGCGACCAAGGAAGGGAAAAGUAGGAGAAUUCAUAAGAUGCAAUUCUGACACCGACUGCGAGAAAGGGAGUGACCGUUGUACAUCUGACGGAUAUUGCUGCACCGACACACCAAUAUGGUCACUUGAAUAAUGUUAUCAUGUCAAAGAUUUCAACCUAGACGACAGAAAUUACAAACUUCUUGCUAUGACUGUCUAAAAAAUAU